AUGCCUACACUUGAUGCGAAAGAAUCGACGCACUCGCUUUCUAGCCUGCCCCCUCCCCUCAAUACCGACUACCCACAAGACGAACACAAAACGGACGACGACACCAUUAUCGUCGCCGCCGAUAACUCGACAAAUUCAGGCGAGGCCGAUCUUUUACGCGCUGAAUCUGCUUCAACUGUUUUCGCCAACAGAAAGAAAGCCAAAGCCCUGCAAAAGCGAACCAACUUUUACCAACAUUACACAGAGACAUUGGUGCAACAUUGGGGGUCUCUAGAGAACGCCUUCCCAGCCCAGUUCCGCCCGACAAGAAUCAAGACCAAGCUAGGCUUCCCGGAAGACGACGAGCUAUCUUACCUAAAUAUCCCUGACGAGGACGGCGACUCCUUGAGUCAUUUUUCCAAAAAGCACAGCCGCACAGUCAACCGUCAAUCUGGCGCGCCAAGCCUCGCAUCCGAGCCCAAGUUUGCUACGCCCACGGUCGACGGUAUUGACAAGGCCCGACGGCAGGUCACUAAAUCCGAGUGUCUGGACGAUGAGGUCAUCCAGGCAUUUAUUUACCUGCUGGAUCAAUCUACCAGGGGUUCAUCUUCACACCGAAGGGUCUUCUUCGCAGACAGUCUCUGGGUCUGUCUUGAAAAGAAAGACAUCCCACCGUGGAUUACAAAAUACUCUGCAGCAAUCAGGUCAUCCCAAUUACUCGUGAUCCCCUGUCACUCUGCGAAGACCGCUCACUGGUCUCUGGUUGUCGUAUACUUGAAUAGUGGAGUUGCACAACGUGUGGUACAUUACGACUCAAUACCCAAGUCGCAAACCCGUCAAUUGGUGCGGCAACGAGUCACAGCUAUCCUUGAGUCCUUUGGUGUCCUGUCGUCAGAAUCCCCCACGCCACAUGCGACAGGAACAGCGUUCGAGGAAGGAAACUUGAAGGAAAUACUCCACAGUCGGGACCCCGCGCACAGCCAACCGACCAUUGAAGAAAUGACAACAUCGUUGCUCGACCUUCUAUCGCCACCAAAGGAAUUAAGCGACUCUUCCAGUAUGAGGAUAGACGAAACCACCGUGUUUCAAAAGCAACAAGCUUCACUAGCAAAACCAGUUGCAGGCAUUCCCACGCGCCGAGACGAGCUUGCUGAAACUGCUACCCGCCGGUUGUCCACAGACAAGAAAAAGACGUCGUUGCCGCUUCUGCCGGACUUUCUCCCAUCUUACAAACGUUCCCGCUCCCGCUCACCAGAGUUCACAUCUUCUGUAGACGCAAAACGUUGCAAGGUUGUAGCACCCCCUGAUAACAUGGCCCCAUCGCUGGCGGAUGUGACUGCACUUUUCGAGCAUGCAAAGAAUACAGAGGCGGAGAAGAACACUGGGACCGCAGCAAAAGCGCUUGAACGACACCGGGGGCUGAUUGCUCAGCUGGAGGAGGCUCUCGCGGCUGCAACGACUAGCUUAGAAGAUGCCAUCCAGAAGAAUAAGGCUGCACUGAUCAGAUUCGCGCUCGACGAGGCGAGGGAGAUUCCGCAGAUGGACACGCUGAAAACGCCGCAGACACACCAUGAAGCUGCCUGGUCCAGGUUCCUGGAGGAGACCAACACCACCGGUAUUGGUCUCGGUCUUGGGUCCAGUGGGAAGGACUCACCUCUGCCGUCUCUUUCGGAAGCCAAGCAGAUGGUGAAGAAGGCACGCGCACAUCAUGCCGACACUACAAGUCAGUUAUCGGAUGCAAAUGACAAGCUGAGUGGAUUAGUCAAGGAAGAAAAGAAACAGGAGACGAUUCGGGCCUUGGAAGCAAGCUUUGCGGUGUUGCGAGGAUUGGAAGACGGAGUGUGA